CAUAUCUCUGUGUACGUCACAGGAAUGUUUAUGGUUGGGCCUACAUCCGGGAUAGCCAUCCCAUCUGUACAUUUAUCGUAAGCAAUGAUAGCGACAUUUGAACACUUGUGUCUUCGGUCUAGGCUAUUUGGUUUUCAAUAUGAAGUAAAUCAACAGGUUACCGGUGUAUGUAAUGGGUUUACGACUAUCUAAAAACAGAUUUAAGAAAUCGCAAAAUAAGGCUUUUGAAAACACGUCUAUAGCAGAAACAAAUGCCAGACAUGCAAGCAGUCAAACUGUAGACUUGAGCCAUACCUAUGGUCAUCACGAAUGUCAAAUGUCACAGGUUGCUGAAGUUGACUUGCAUACACAUCUAAAUGAAUGCCGAAAAAAUCCAGGUCAUGUCAAUUUUAUUCCUAUCGGAAAAUUCGCCAUGGAACAUCUACCGGAAGGUCAUCAUGACAUAGAUUUGUAUGAACUCAUUAAGGCAACAGCUGACCUGACAGUUAGGGUAGGGGUCAAUAUGGUUAGCUAUCGCCGACCUCAGUUUUUCCCCAACACCAGUGUCCGAUAUCCGUUUAACGACAUGGGAGGCAAUAAGCUCACGAGGUCAGGCACUGGUCAGAUCAGUGUGUACAGAUAUGUAGAAGGAUGCGGAUAUAAUGCCAGUGGUAGCAAGUACAAUGGAUUAGGAAAGCAGUUUGAUUCCGCGCACAAAGUGUGCACCUGCUCAAAAUGCCGGCAGUCGGAUACACCCAGCAAGGAAUGGUGGGAGAUUAUUGUCUACACGGCGGCGCACGUGGUGUUCGAUGCUACUGAGGGCGACCACACGUCAUGCAGGCUGUUUUACGAUGACGCGUCGAGCCCAAAAGUGAUUCUCGAUCAACUCCACGUCAUCAACGUGAAUGUCGAGAGAGACAGUUGCCACAUGAAGCACGUGACCUGUGACGUAACGCUCGGCGGCAAGCUGUACGCCAUGGAUAAAAUCUGCUCCGAUCUGUGGAACAAAGUGAGAGACAAGUACGUCAUCAGAUAUGGUGAGAGGUUGACCUUUAUAGUGUCUCACCCCCAUGGCUGUCAUAAACAGGUCAGUGUCGGCCAGUGGAUGGACAACGCCAUAGUCGGUGAGCUCAAUGAGAGUAUGUAUUUAUCGAAGCUGACCUACACUACGAGUACUUGCCCAGGGAGUAGUGGGGCCAGAGUCUACUGCUUGGGGUUUAGAGGCUAUAGUCAUGUGCACAAUGGAGCAUUAGACACUGGACUGAAUUACAGUAGUGUUGAUUAUUGUACAAAGUCAACUAUGUUACUGAUGUAAACAUUGACAUUAUUUAUGUACUUCUAUUAUGCAAAUGUAUGCAAACACGACAUGAAGCUCUUCAAAAUCGACACUAGCAGCUGGGAAAAAGUGGCACUGGAUAGAUCCACAUGGAGAGAGAGCAUAAAGGAAGGCUCUCGGAUUGCAGAUCACAUACACAACAGAAAGAAGGGUGAAAAUGCAACGGCGCCUGGUGAUUAUAUAUGCCCAACCUGCGAUCGCAGCUGUGUAUCAAGCAUUGGCCUCUUUAGUCACACAAGAAGUUGCAAAGGAAAUAAUCGUCUCUCGAGACCUAAAAUGUCACAGAGUCUUAAGUCACCUAAUUUCAAUGUCGGCACGAUUCGAGGCCAUUGCGGAGUUUUAUUUUAAUGAACAAAAUAAAAAUAAAAUAUUUUUAGCGUCACUCGAUGGGGAAAAGUCUCUUUACUUUUGAAUGAUCUGUCUGCCCGUCUGUUCAAUGUAAAAAACAACUAAAAAACAAAAUCAUAUUUUGCAGGUUGCAAAGUUCUGGUACAUUGGAUCCUUUUUAAUCUUAGGAAAUUGAACAGUUUUUUUUUUCAUUAAGAAAUACAAUAAUAGAACCUUUAAACUCAUUUUGUAAUCAUCUAGCUUGUUAAUUAUCACUAUCAGUAAUGAAACGAACAAAUGCUCAGCCACUAGAAAAACUAUGUUGUAUUCUUUACUUUUUAAAAAUCACUUAUUUACAUUUUAAAUUCACAUAAUUUUAAUAAAGAAAAAAAUGUUGAACUGUUA